CCCCGCCCCCGCCCGCCCCGCUCCGGCUCGGGCGGCGGGAGGACCCGGAGCUGAGGCGCCCGAGCCCGCGGCGGCGGCCGGGACGAUGUGGUUCUUUGCGCGGGACCCGGUCCGGGACUUCCCGUUCGAGCUCAGCCCGGAUCCCCCCGAGGGCAGCCCACCGGGGCCCUGGGUCCUGCACCGCGGCCGCAAGAAGGCCACAGGCAGCCCGGUGUCCAUCUUCGUGUACGAUGUGAAGCCUGGUGCGGAAGAGCAGACCCAGGUGGCCAAAGCUGCCUUCAAGCGCCUCAAGACUCUCCGGCACCCCAACAUCCUGGCCUACAUCGAUGGGCUGGAGACAGAAAAGUGCCUCCAUGUAGUGACAGAGGCUGUGACCCCCCUGGGAAUGUACCUCAAGGAGAGGGUGGAAGCUGGUGGCCUGAAGGAGCAGGAGCUGUCAUGGGGACUUCACCAGAUUGUGAAAGCCCUCAGCUUCCUGGUGAACGACUGCAGCCUCAUUCACAACAACAUCUGCAUGGCUGCUGUGUUUGUGGACAGAGCUGGCGAGUGGAAACUUGGGGGCCUGGACUACAUGUAUUCAGCCCAGGGUAAUGGUGGGGCACCCCCCAACAAGGGGAUCCCAGAGCUUGAACAGUAUGACCCCCCGGAACUGGCUGACAACAGUGGCAGAGCUGUCAGAGAGAAGUGGUCAGCGGACAUGUGGCGCUUGGGCUGCCUCAUCUGGGAAGUCUUCAAUGGGCCCCUACCUCGCGCAGCCGCCCUGCGAAACCCUGGGAAGAUCCCCAAAUCCCUGGUGCCCCAUUACUGUGAGCUUGUGGGAGCCAACCCCAAGUUACGUCCCAACCCAGCCCGCUUCCUGCAGAACUGCCAGGCACCCGGUGGCUUCAUGAACAACCGUUUUGUGGAGACCAACCUCUUCCUGGAAGAGAUUCAGAUCAAAGAGCCAGUGGAGAAGCAAAAGUUCUUCCAAGAGCUGAGCAAGAGUCUUGACUCCUUCCCUGAAGAUUUCUGUCGGCACAAGGUGCUACCCCAGCUGCUGACUGCCUUCGAGUUUGGCAGUGCUGGGGCCGUGGUCCUCACACCUCUCUUUAAGGUGGGCAAGUUCCUCAGUGCUGAGGAGUAUCAGCAGAAGAUCAUCCCUGUGGUGGUCAAGAUGUUCUCAUCUACUGACCGCGCCAUGCGCAUCCGCCUCCUCCAACAGAUGGAGCAGUUCAUCCAAUACCUUGAUGAGCCUACAGUCAACACCCAGAUCUUUCCCCAUGUUGUUCAUGGCUUCCUGGACACCAACCCUGCCAUCCGGGAGCAGACAGUCAAGUCUAUGCUGCUGCUGGCCCCAAAGCUCAAUGAGGCCAACCUCAAUGUGGAGCUGAUGAAGCACUUUGCAAGGCUGCAGGCCAAGGAUGAGCAAGGCCCCAUCCGCUGCAACACCACAGUCUGCCUGGGCAAAAUUGGUUCCUACCUCAAUGCCAGUACCAGACACAGAGUCCUCACCUCCGCCUUCAGCCGGGCCACUAAGGACCCAUUUCCACCAUCUCGAGCUGCGGGUGUCCUGGGCUUUGCUGCUACCCACAACCUCUACUCGAUGAAUGACUGUGCCCACAAGAUCCUGCCUGUGCUUUGCAGCCUCACUUUGGAUCCUGAAAAAUCUGUGCGGGACCAGGCCUUCAAGGCCAUUCGAAGCUUCCUGUCCAAAUUGGAGACUGUGUCAGAGGAUCCUACCCAGCUGGCAGAAGUGGAAAAGGAUGUCCAUGCAGUCUCCAGCCCUGGAAUGGGAGGAGCUGCGGCCAGUUGGGCAGGCUGGGCCGUGACUGGGGUGUCCUCCCUCACCUCCAAGCUGAUCCGUGCACACCCUACUGCUAUGCCAGCUGAGACCAAUGUGCCCCAGAGACCAGUGCCCGAGGGACAUCCUGUUCCGCCUCCCAACCCUGUCCCUGCUACCCCCACAACCUCAAGCCACUGGGAGACACAGGAGGAGGAGAAGGACACAGCAGAGGAUAGCAGUACUGUUGACAAAUGGGAUGAUGAGGACUGGGGCAGCUUGGAGCAGGAAGCUGAGUCUGUGUUGGCCCAACAGGAUAACUGGAGUGCCAAGGGCCAAGCAAACCAAACUGUGCAGGUCAGCCACACAGACCAUAAAUCCCUGGAGUCAGACUGGAGCAGCUGGGAAGCUGAGGGCUCCUGGGACCAGGGCUGGCAAGAACCCAACUCUCCAGAACCACCCCCUGAAGGCACACGGCUGGCCAGCGAGUAUAACUGGGGUAGCACAGAGCCCAACGACAAGGGUGAUCCCUUUGCUGCCCUAUCUAUACGUUCCAGCACCCAGCCCAGGCCAGACUCAGAUUCUUGGAGUGAGGACCACUGGGAGGGCCUGGAGACAGAGAGCCGACAGGCGAAGGCUGAGCUGGCCCGGAAAAAGCGUGAGGAGCGGCGGAGGGAGAUGGAGGCCAAACGUGCAGAGAAGAAGGCGUCCAAGGGCCCCAUGAAGCUGGGAGCCCGGAAGUUGGACUGAACCCCUGAGGGCCUUCCAGCCACGGAGAGGAGAGCCGUGGAUGUAUUUAUUGUACAAAGCAUGUGAGCCCGGCAGCCCGGCCGGCACAUCUCGUGUAUAUAAUCAGAGUCACAAUAAAUUCUAUUUCACA